AUGUUCCUACAAUUAGUGUCCUACGUUGGCGCUGUAUUGGGUUUCCUCUUUCUUACACUUUCCAUUGCGUCAGGAUUAUACUAUAUCAGUGAAAUAGUGGAAGAACAUACCGAAUCUACCAGGCGAUUCCUCACAAGAGCCAUUUACACAAUUAUAGCUACUUUUGUGCUGCUGUUACUAUUUGACUCAUUCCCAUUUAAACUAUCCAUCUUUUCGAUCAUAUCAAAUGUCAUUUACCUGCAGAAUUUAAAGACUUUCCCUUUCAUUUCAUUAACAAGUCCCAUUUUCAUUUUGAGCAGUUGCUGUGUGGUACUUAACCAUUACUUCUGGUUUAAAUAUUUUAAUGACAACGAAGUACCUCCACAAUUCAAGUUCAACCCAAACUAUAUCCCAAAGAGACGCGCUAGUUUCUCCGAAGUAGCCUCAUUCUUCGGAAUAUGUGUUUGGUUCAUCCCAUUUGCCUUGUUUGUAUCAUUGAGUGCUGGAGAUUAUGUGCUCCCCACUACAACUGCAAGUAGUUCGAAGAAGACAGAUUUACCAGCCGGCGAAGAAGAACCACGUUUACGUAAGAGAGCCGUCGGGUUGGCGAGAGUUGUAAUCAAUUCGUUGCGUCAAUACGUUUACUCGAUUGCCAGGGUUUUCGGCUACGAGAUUGACCCAAACCAUGAUACUUUAGUCAUUUAA